AUGAGAGCCUUCCAGCUGCUGGCCCUCUUGGCCAGCUCGGCCUGGCUCCUGGUGAGCGGGCAAGGCGCCGGUGUGUGCAGCCCCCAAGACCGCACGUACAGCACCGAGACCAUGCCCGCGGGCAGCCACCAGCCAUUCGACAACCUGAACCCCUUGGUAGGGCCGUUCAAGACGAAGUUCUAUGUUACCGUGGUGAACCUCACCCCGCACCGCUUCAGGCUGGACGGCACCCAUUCGUACCAGAUGGACACGUUCGACUUCGGCGACGUGCCACAAGGCCGUGCCCGGCAGAACGCGGUCAAGUACCGAGGGACGUGGUCCACAGGGGACGACGCCGGCGAGGCGUACUACCGCAUCGACGGCACGGACAAGAAGUUCGCCCUGCGGGUGAAGUCCUACGUCCCGGGGUCCAACCCGCGCCGAGUCGUGUUGGACCUCAGCGGCAUGGGCCUCGGCCAGCGCGAGUACGUGUUCCCGGGCGGGGAGGCAUCGGUGUCUCUCGUCAUCACGGGCAGCAGCAAGUUCGGCUUCCAGGCGUCUCUGCGGCACGGCGCCGGCAACUGGAUGCGGAACAUGUACGACGUGAUCGGCAGCCGCAGAGUCCGGCACCUCAUCAUGCCCGGCACGCACGACGCAGGCAUGAGCAAGAUCAGCGACAUGAUCGACAGCAUCGGCAGCGCCCCCAACACGCAGACGCAGGGCAUCAACAUCUACAACCAGCUCCGCGCCGGGUCCCGCUGGUUCGACCUCCGCAUCGGCUCCGUCCAUGCCAACGACAACGCGGCACAGAACAACGGCUUCUGGGUCAUGCACGUCAACGACGAGAUGGGCACCAUCGCCAUUGGCAACACGGGCGAGUCCCUGGAUGAGGUCAUCAGCGAGAUUAACCAGUUCACGGGCGAGAACCCGGGCGAGAUCAUCUUCCUUCCGCUGCGCUAUCUCGUGGGAAGGUACGAGUUCCCGGACCGCGGACCGAUCCUGUGGAACUCGGCCAUUGUGAACGACUUCUUCGCGAAGCUCCGCGGCCUCAACAACCGCUGCCCGAACCUGGACACCAGCACGGGCUUCCAGAACCAGAAGGCGUCCUACUUCAUGGACCAGAACGGAGGCAGGGGCUGCGUCAUCCCGCUGCUCAACGGCCAUCUCCAGGGCGGCGUGCCGACCGAGUCCCCCGCCGACGGCAUCUACAGCAUCAGCCGCAUGAACAUCCAGGACCACUGGUCCAACAAGAUGAAGGCCGAGGAGAUGGCGCCGGACCAGGUCAGCAACUGGCGGGCGGGCACGCGCGGCGGGGCGUCCGACUACGGCAGCCUCAUGAUCGCGCAGUGGCUGGUGACGCCCGACGCGGUCGCCUCGACGGCCUACUCGCUGCAGGCCUUUGCCAUUCAACCGACGAACCCGUCGCUGUACUGGGCCGGCGUCAACGCCAUCGACCCGGAGCACUGGCCCAACGUGAUCCUGGUCGACUACAUCGGCGUGCAGCAGCAGGAUCAGUUCGCGUGGGACCAGCUCAGCGCGGAGUUGUAUACCUUGGCGGUGGGCAUGAACAUGUACAUGGCGAGCGAGAACUGCGGUGUCAACACGCAGCGCUCUCCGCUGCUCAGGAGGGGCGACAUCUCGGCCGAGGGGCGCCGGGAGACGCCGUGGAAUGGCAUCAUCUUUGCCAAUGGGACGGUCCUCGACAAUCCUCCGCCGGCCCUCCAUCCUGGUCGCACUGAGAUCUUGAGGAACGGGACGGUGUUUGGCAACGGCACAGUCUUGGAACAGAGUAUCCCGAAUCCUUGGUUGUAG